AGAAAUCGCGUGCCGUUCAGGAUGAUGCAAUACGAGGAAGAGGGCGAGACGCUGAAGGACAAGUCUCGGUGCGCGAACAUUCGCGCCGAUCUCAAGAUGUGCCUGCUUAAAAGCGACUGUUGCAAAAUCCUGUAUCGAUGCAGAUUUCAUAUUUGGAGAUUGAAAGCUUUCGAUUGCCGGUUUCCGAAGCAGCCUGGCUUCUACAAGCGCACCCCCAGAGAAUGCCUCCGGUCACCAAAUGGCACGGUUCCCGACGAAUGUUUCGCCUUGCGCAACACAUUCUUUGAUUGCAAGCAUUCUCUAAUUGAUGGAAGACGUCGGUUUAGAGGUCCUAAAGGCUAUUAAACGUCCAACUAAAUAUAUCUGUGAUAUAAUUAUAUACAUUUAUGUGUCCACAGAGAAUCUUAUUCUUUUCCUAUUAGAUACUUUGUGAGGAAACGCCUGUGUAUAUAUUAACCAAAAUAAAUUCAGGAAACACUUGUAUUUUAUCGAUAAGGAAAAUGACCGACGUUUAAUGUUAGAAGUAAUUUAUUGUUAUUCGUUGUACACGAUGUAAUAAUAAAUCUAUUAUAAUUGCGAAGUAACAAUUCGUAUCAUACAAAUUCGUCGCAUUUACAUAUGCGUCCUGGUACAAUAUCCAAAGAAAUUCGUAUUCUCUUGCGAGAUAAUCUGCUGCCAGGCUUGACUGGAGAAACGUGACGCUUUGUACGAUUGUUACUUUGAAGAGUUUAUACUCCUCUAUGCAGAGCGAAAGUUUUUUUUGUAGGCAGAGUUUCUUUUCUCGAAGAACAAAAGCGGUAUGUGUUUUAACCCUUUCAGUACUACGAAUCAAAUGUAACUUUUCAUGCGUCUUGUAAGAAACGUCUCUUACUUUUCUCUCCGGUUUCUUAGUAGCGGACAAAACUGCAUAUGUAAUCAAUAAAAGGUGACAAAAACGAGAAAAGCGUUUUUAUGGUUAAAUUUAAAUUAGGCAGAGGAUUUUUAAUUUCUUUUGUCUAAAUUGUUACUGAAAGGGUUGAUAUAGAGUGUCCAGUCUCUGUUAAAAUAACAUCACGUUGAAAUUUGCCUGUGCACGUGCGAAAUUCAACGUACAAUCGAAAUAUAUUUCAGUACGACGGGAGAAAGGAGAAUGUAAUAGUCAAAUAUUUUGUUGACGCGUUUUAAUUAUAAUUUGUUACUGUUUUUCACGAUGUACAUACGUAUCAUAGACUGGACAAUAUUGGCUGAUUGUGGCAUUUACAAUAUUGCGCUUGUUUUGCCGCGCUGAAUCGCACACACGAAUGUGUGUAUCGAACAUGAUACGCGUGUGAUCACAGUAAAAGUGCAAAGUUUUUCCAACUUCCGUCCUUUCCUUUUCAUUAAAUUAAGAGCAUUUUGUUCCACUUUGUGUUCUGCGAGUAUACAAUUCGGGCGUAUGAUAAGGUACGCCGUCACACGGGUCUGAUGUUUUAUUACAAAUCUACCGGUUGACGAUCACGCCUGCGUAAUCGCCCUAUCUAUUGUCUGUAUGCAACAAGCGUAUAUUGGCUAUACAAUCUCUUUUGUACUACAAUGCCAACUCACGCUACUCUUUCACUCCCUAAAAUGGCUAUAGGCACCUAAAAAUGGGAUCUGCAAGCUUUUCCUGCGCAUGCCGUUCUAUUCUCAUCUCUCUUUCGUGUAUACGGAAAGAAUUUUUAGACUGUGUGUGAACAAAAUCCAAGUUUUUAAACUCGUUACAUUAAAUGGAGUUACGAUUCCAAAUAAAAUUAUGGUCGCACACAUAUCUUCUUAAAACAAUGACAAAUAUACUUGCGUAUAUUUUAUUUGUUAAUUUCUUUAGAGACGAUAAAAUUACUGUUUGUGAAAUAAGAUCUGUAAAAAAUAAUUUUAUUUUACAAGCUGGAAAGAGAGAGAGAGAGAGAGAAAGAGAGGGAAAACGAGUGAGAUAUAGUUAGAAAUAAAACAUAUUUUGUUAAAAUUUCUAAGAAUAUAAUUUACCCAUGUACAUGACGAGUCGAAUUUCGCGAGCAUAAAAUCCGCGUGUACGGAUAUAUAAUAUCAAAUCUGAAGAUAUAAUCGAGAAGAUUUCAAGUUACGUUCUACCGCGUUGGCCUUCGAAGUUCCACUACCUUGUGCCUAAGUCACCUAAAUUGAUUUCGAGAGUAACAUUGUUUUUUUUUCCCAAGAGUAGGUUUCAAGAGGAGUUUUCCCAUUGUGUGAUAUAUACGCCGCUGGUUCAAAUAUCACAGUUUAUCGAGUAUGAUAUGUAAUUAGCGAUUAUUCGAUAGUUAUCAAUAGUAAUAAAAGUAUGUAUUGCGCA